UGGCCAGAAUACCCUUGACCGCAAUACACACAAUCACGUGAUCUAGACAACCAAUCAGCAGUAAGAACAUUUCACUGCAAGAAGAUUUGUCAUUUGUGAAAAUAUGCAUAGAACCCUGAAAAUAAAGAUUACGGAACUGAACCCGCAGUUGAUUUGUGUGUUGUGCGGUGGUUAUUUGGUAGAUGCAUCCACAAUUGUUGAAUGUUUGCAUUCAUUUUGUAAGACGUGCAUUGCACGAUACUUAGACAACAGUAAAUGCUGUCCAAUAUGUGAUACCAUGGUGCACAAGACUAAACCCAUGCAAAAUGUCAGAUUGGAUAAAACCUUACAGGAUUUGGUUUACAAGUUAGUCCCCGGUUUAUAUAAAAACGAGAUGAAGAGAAGACGAGAUUUUUAUGCAGCUUACCCAAUAGACCCAGACCGACCACCUGGUCCUAGUGAAGAUCGAGGUAACGAAGACCAUGAUAGAUUGAUUUAUACGGAAGACGAAAAGAUCAGCCUAGAGCUAGAACUAUUUGCAGGCUUCAAUCCAUCUGAACACCUAGAAUCCACGGCGGACAGCGAUCCAGAUAAGCUCAAGGAAAAGGAUAUUCGCUAUUUACUUUGUCCAGCAGGUGUAUGUGUAGGUCAUCUGAAGAAAUUUGUUCGCUUGAAGUUUGACAUUCCAAAAAAGUACAAGAUUGAUGUGUAUCAUUCAGAUGAACCGUUAAAAGAUGAUCUUACAUUAAUGGAUAUUGCAUACAUUUACACUUGGAGAAGGAAUUCGCCACUAAAAUUAAUCUAUAGUAUAUAUGAAGUCUUAGGAACAAAGCGGACAGCUGCGUUUGAAGAAACAGCUACAGAACUGACCAAAUAUCCCAGACUUUCUUCAGACACAGAAGAAACGGAUGCAUAUAGUGAAUCGGAAUCUCAAGAUAGUCUGUCACAAGAUGAGAUAACCAAGAAAGAUACAAACGAAAAUCACAUUUUUCACAAUGAAAAAAAUAACUCAACAGCCGGUGUAAAUAGAAUGGAAAACGGAAAUCAGUGCAAGAUGAAUGGAUUUUAUCAUGAUAGUGAUCUUCCAGUUGAUUUGUCCAAUCACAAGUUAAAGAAGAUCACAUGUGACAAUGAAGUUUCAACAGAUGGUAAAAAUGAUGUAAACGGUUUUAUUGGACACCAUUUCUUACAAAAACCCUACACUGUUAAUAGAAACUCCCCAAACGACUUUUCUUUCAAACCAAAGAAAAGAAGGAAGAAAAUGGAGGACUGUAUAAAAGAGAAAGAGGUUUAUUCGAACAAAAAGACAUUCACCAAGUCUGAAUAUGAUUUCAACGAGUAGAUCUCAUCAUAUUCAGUAUGAUGAUAUAUAUCAGGAAGUCUAAGAUUUAUCAGGGUCCGUAUAUUCACAGGAACAGUAAAAGGCAGCGAUUUACCUUUCUUGUCUUUUCUCACUUUCACACCAGUUCAAUUACAUAUAUGAAAUGAAAUUUCUUUACUACAUGUAUCAACUUUAUGGAUGCUAUUUCAGAACACAAGAGAAAGGAGCUGUUAAUGUUUCCUUUUUUAUUUAGGACCAGCUGAGAAUUAUUUUUUUUAUGUUAGUGCUUAAGAUGAAAUCGAGCACUUAAGAUUUUUUGUAAUUUUCUGUUUAAUUAUAAACGGAUUAUUGUACUGAUAAGCUCAGUCAGAUGCAAUGUAUUUAAUGGUGCUAUAUGUUUAUAUACUAUGCUUUGUAUUGUACAAAUGUAUUUUAAUUGAAGAAAGCAGCUUUGAAAAAGAACAUGAUUGCAUUUGAAACAUUUAGUUUUGAUGAUCUAUGUGGAUGGUUGUCUGAUAGUCAAUCAUACCACAUCUCCAUAAUGUUUUAUAUUUUCUGUUCAUAUUCCAAUUUUGACCAGAAAUUAAUACAAUUUAUAUAAAUUUCUGGUAGCCGUUUUUCAAAUAAAAACAACUUUUUAUGGAAGGUAGAACUAAAGAUUGCUUCAGAUAGUUCUAUAUAAUUCUACUAUAUUCACCUACAUUGUAUGUGAAAUUUUACACUAAGAUUCAUUGUGUUACUCAAUUAGUUGUUGAUAUAUCAGGAAAUUAAUUCAAAAAUAAAGCUGAAAAAUGGUCUGAAUUUUACUACACUAUCUAAUAUCGAUUUCUCUUUAAAAUAUAUCUGUUAUAAAAAAUGUUUUUAAGCUU